CACUACAAAUAAUAUGUAAAAUCUCAUCUUUUUAAAAAAAAAAAACAUUUUUCACAGAAAUUGGUAUAGAAAUAAAAGUACAAAUUAAAGAAAUCCUCUCAUGCAUGGAGGGUGGACCAUAUCAUAAGCAUUGGUUUCCACAAUUUUGGUAGCAUUGCAUUCACGCAUCCCUAUGUGUGAUGUAUUAUAGGGACUGCAUGCACCACAUACUCUGCACCAAAUAAAACCACAAAAAAAGAAAACCACUCCCAUUUCUUAGCUACAUAAUAAAAUUAACUCUUGAAAUGCAAUAUUCUAAUUUAGCUAAUCUAGGGAAAAAAUUGAUAGGUAAAUAAUCAAUUAUGUGCCCCCAAAUUAUUGGUUACCUAAGCUUGCUUGCAUGUACCUGUAUAUGUGGUCACAUCUUUCUUUCUUCAUGUAGUGAUGAUAUAUGACAUAGACAUGAGUUCACAAAGGUAUAUAUACUUUUUGUCAAAAUAUUUGUUCACUUUUCUUUUGAAGUAGUUUUGAGGACGUUUUCUUAUUCCUUUUUUGUGUAUAAUUGCAUUUUAUAUUAUGAAAUCAUCCUAAAUAGGAAUAAACAAAGAGAAAGGCCCAAAAUAAGAGAUUCAUGUUCUAUACCUAAAAUAAGAGUUUAUAUUGUGGUAAUGUGAUAAUGAUUCUCAACAAAGUAAAUCACUAGCUAAAUCCCUUUGUUAGUUAUUGAUUAAAAAGAAGCCCAAUAUUGUGCAAAGGUCUUUUUCAAGCAAUAAUAGGCAUGUUUGGGAUUAGUGUUAGAGAUUAGCAUUAAUAAUUAAGAUAAAAUUUUAAUGGAAAGAUUAAUUUGAAAAUGCUAACCCUAAACGUUAUUCGUAGAUAGCUUUUUCAAAACGUUGAUGCUACUUUCUAACACAUAUCUUUAGAAACAUACAGUAGUGUUCGAUUUAGUACAGAGUUUUGCUGGUUGAAGUUUAAUAGCGGCGUUUUGCUCAAGUAUUUUUCAUUACCCUUCUCCAAGCAAAAGAAAACAUUUUGUGGUACCAUUCUGUUUCCGAACGACAUGGUUAUAAAUGGGUGAGACUUAAAAUCAAAAUCGUAACAAACUUUUUGAAUAUGUAACGGUAUGGUGUUGAUUUUUUAAAACUACCAAACCAUCUCGGACUCUGUCUACCUCUAGUAAAGUCAUUGGGGAUGGAUUCAAAGGCUACUUGGCCUUUAUAGACAAGACCAUCUCAGACUGUGUCUGCCUAUAUAUAUCCCGUUUUCUUUUGCACUAUGUUUGGUUCAAUGAAUUUGGAAGAAAAAGAAAAUGAUUUGCUCUCAUUUUUCUCACCAAAAUAGAACAAGUUUGGUUUCCUUCCACUUAGUACAUUUUGCCUUCUCAUGUUCUUUUCUUCUCUUACCAAACAACAAAAAGUACUUUCAACUUCAUUUUCUUUUUUUUCCCCUUUUCAAAUUUCUUGAACCAAAGAUAGUGCUAGGGAAUGAAAUAAGAGUCUCACAAAAUUUCUUUCUUCUAAUUUCAAAAUACCAUGUGGCACAUCUGGGGUAUGAUUAGAUCCCAGAAGAUGGCGCGGAAAGAUACGUUUGUCAGUUUCGUUUGUUGUUCAUUCACCAGAGAGGUAAUAUAUGGUGUGCAUAUAGUGUAGUUUACUUGAGAGAGUAGGUGAUUGAGGUUUAUUUUGAGAGCCACCAGUGGAAGAAUAGGUAGUCUUUUGGUAUUUUCUCAAUGGUAUAUUUACAGAGGUGCUUUUUGUUUUGUUAAUGUUGUGUGGUCUUUGAUUUUAUUGCGUGUUGCUUCAUUUCAUAUUUCCAGUGUUCUUUAUAUAUGCAUGAUAAAUGGCAGUAAGCUUAUUACCUUGUUUUCUUUGAUCAGAUUCCCCUUCUCUAUAUCCCAAGCAUCGCACUCAACAUUACUUUGAAGAUUCAGACCCAAACAUACAAUGAUAUGAUUGUAUGAGCAUAUAAUAUCCUGUGAUUUGUGAUGUUUGGCAUCGGUUAGAUUGACUUGGUCCCAUGCUGACAAAACUCUUCUUUCAACGUAAUGCCGGUGAAGAAACAUGCUUCUUUUCUGCUGCAGGUUUUUUCUAAUCAUCCCAUUGCGUUUGUUGCCUCUCCAUUUCCACUUUCUAGUGAAUGGCGAUUUGUUGCGAUCUACACUGACACAGAAUACGAUCAAAAAAUUUUGCGGAUUACACUGGCAGAAAAUGAAGAUAUACACAUGUGGUGUACAAUUUAGAGUAUAGUUUUUUUUUGUGUGUAAAAACAGCUUAAUUUUUGAAGUUGUGGUUUGGUAGCAUUUUUACCCUGGUGUCUGUGUUUGGGACUGGAAGGAGAGGUAAGAAGGAAAUGCAAAAGUUUAUGGGAGAUAGUCAUAUCAAAUCUCCGUCUUGUAGUGGGAAAAGGAAGAGAAUUUCUUCUAGUGGGGGAAGAUCCGAUGCUGAUAUUGGGUUAGGGAGCAAAAAGACUUCUUCUGGGAAGAGAAGGGAUAAGAUUAGAGUUGAAAUAUAUAGGCAGAAGCUUCAAGAAGCAAUUUCAGACGGAAAACUUAGUGACGAAGAUGUGAAUUUCAUGGAGCGGUUACAGAUAAUGCUUUGCAUUCCCAAGCAAACUGUUGAAACAGUGCAUGCUGAAAUCUGCGGGGUUUUAUUUGAAAAUGUGGUGAAGGAAGCAAUUGCAGGAGGAGUGGAAUUGUAUGAUUCUGAAGUGAAGAAAUCUGUUAGAAAGGCAGCUUAUGGCUUACACUUAACUAAAGAGGCCGCAUUAUCAAUUGCUAGUAAAGAAGUCAGGAAAAUGUUGAUAAAGUAUGUUCAGCAGGCCCGAGCAGCUGAAAACCGCACUGAUUCUGCAAAAAUAUUGAAAGAGUUGAUAUCAUUCAAUAGCUUGAUUGUCACUCGAUUGGUUCAAGAUAUUAAGGGGGAAGAAGAAUCAUCAUCAAAAUCUCCACAUGAGAAGCAUCCGAUGAACGAUGAGGAUGAAGAGAAUCUACAACAUGAGGAAGAGGAAUGGGACUCUCUGCAAUCCCUUCCAAAAUUAAGAAAAGGCAUCCAAACCGAGACAACCCUUAAUGGUGAUCUUCCGGAUAUGGACAGAACUGAACUGUACAAAACAUACCUGAAGUAUUGUCUAUCAUAUUGUCUAUCUGGAGACAUUACCAUGAUUCCUUUCGGUGGCCAAAUCACUACUGAACGGGAGAUCAUCAGCGUGCACCGUGGCUUACGUAAAGAGGCAGGGAUUGAUAUCAACACUAUGAUCUCAGUAAGCUUACGUGAAAACCUUUUCCAAAAAACAGUGGGUGAUAUAUUUUCCUCUGUUAUUGGAGAGUUUGGUGAAGCAGAAGUGUAUGAGAACGUCCCUGCGGUGGCACUUCUAAGGAAGAGAAAACAGAAAGGAGUGCAUCUUUUCACUCGACUUAAUUUAAUUCUCCGGACUUCAGAAGAAGAAAAACAGAAAACAUAACAAGUGAACAUACAGAAAGUGAUGUACAGAAAUAGGAUAAACCUUGAUAAUAAACACCAAAACAAUCAGCUAAUCCCAUACCAGUAAAGUCGGCAUGGAGUUAUGCAGGAUCAAUACUUCGUAUAUCUCUAGGGCUUAGACCUGUGGGUAGUAGCACAUUCCUGAAAUCAGAGGGCAUGCAUCCAGAGGCAGAUAAGAGAUAUCAGUGAAGAACAUUUUCAUCCAGAAAGUUUCAAUUGAAAUGGUGUUCUGUGCAAUAGCUAACAAUAUGAAGUUGCACACAUGCACACAAUUGGACAUGUUUGAUAAAGAUAAGAGAUGAGACAAAAAUGCAUAAUGCAAAAAUACUAGAGAGAAGAUUCAACCCACCACUGGAUUUCACCAGGUGUCAUCUGUUUAUGAUUUUUGCAGUUUGCAGCAGUGAAUCAUUUGAGGAAUAUAUUUGGUUUAGGCAAAAGAGAAGCUGGGGCAAUUACAUUAGAUGUCACUUCAAAAGUGUAUCGCAAACAACUUGCUCAGGCUGUACCUACAGGUGAUUUGGCAGCUGCUGACAGUAAAGCAGUCUACCUUCAAAAUCUUUGUGAGGAAUUGCGCUUUCAUCCACAGAAAGCAAGUGAGAUGCAUGAAGGUAAUCUAAUGUGAUUAUUCUUCAAGUGAAUUCCAGUAAAUCUGCCAUAAUCUAGAGUCCACCUUGCCAGUUGCCAGGCAUUAUCAUCAGCAAAGUUUGCAGUUUUAUGGUCGAUUGAGGGAGUAUUUCAUUUUUCUGGGAUCAAAUCAUACCCUAAAUGUGCCACAUCGUAUUUAGAUAUUAGAUGGAAGAAAUUUCGUGAGCGGCU